GGAUGUUGUUGCGCGAUGUAAAAGCUCUUACCCUCCACUAUGACCGUUAUACCACUUCCCGAAGGCUCGAUCCAAUCCCACAGUUGAAAUGUGUUGGAGGCACAGCUGGUUGUGAUUCUUACACCCCCAAAGUCAUACAGUGUCAGAACAAAGGCUGGGAUGGUUAUGAUGUACAGUGGGAAUGUAAGACGGACUUAGAUAUUGCAUACAAAUUUGGUAAAACCGUGGUGAGCUGUGAAGGCUAUGAAUCCUCUGAAGAUCAGUAUGUACUCAGAGGUUCCUGUGGCUUGGAGUAUAACUUAGAUUAUACGGAACUUGGCCUGAAGAAAUUGAAAGAAUCUGGAAAACGGCACGGCUUUACCUCUUUCUCUGAUUUUUAUUAUAAGUGGUACUCUGCAGAUUCCUGUGGCACUGGUGGAUUGAUUACCAUCGUGGUGCUACUUACUAUUGCCUUUGUAGUUUAUAAGUUGUUCCUUAGUGAUACUCAGUGUUCUCCUCCACCAUAUUCUGAGUAUCCUCCAUAUUCCCACCGCUCUCAGAGAUUCACCAACUCAGCAGGACCCCCUCCCCCAGGCUUUAAGUCUGAAUUCACAGGACCGCAGCAUACUGGCCAUGGUGCAACUUCUGGUUUUGGCACUGCUUUCGCAGGACAACAAGGAUGUGAAAAUACAGGACCUGGGUUCUGGACUGGCCUGGGAACUGGAGGAAUAUUAGGAUAUUUGUUUGGCAGCAAUAGAGCGGCGACGCCCUUUUCAGACUCGUGGUACUACCCGUCUCACCCUCCGUCGUACUCCAGCCCGUGGAGUAGUCGUGCCUACUCACCGGUUCGUGGGGGCUCAGGGAGCUAUUCGGCGUGCUCCAACUCAGAGACAAGAACCAGAACUGCAUCAGGAUAUGGUGGUACCAGAAGACGCUAAAGUAGAAAGUUGAAGUCAAACAUUGGAUGCAAAAUUUCUGAUUUUUCAUCGCUUUCUCUUUAAAGAAAGUGCUACCUGCUAACAACUGGGGAGAGAGAAUAGCCAAAACUUCUGUUGUGUUUUGUCCUUUAUAGCUUUUUGUAUUCUAUUAUUUGAGGCUAAGAGUUGAUAUAUGACAAAAUGCUUAUGUAAUGUAUUUUGUGUAACAUGCAGAUAUGUAUUGCAGUUUUUGAAAGUGAUGAUUACUGUGGAAUGCUGAAACUAUAUUGCUUAAUUUUUAAAGCCUGUGAUGCCAUAAGAAGCAUUAAGAAUGAAGGUGUUAUACCAAUCGAAACUGAGUAUGGAAAAUUUGAUCUUAGGUGGUUUUAGUUGAUGAGUCAUUUAUUACCACGUAGAAACAGUAUUCUAUUUGGUAUUAUGUUAUUUAGUGUUUGCUGUUCCUCAAACAUUUAAACCAAGCUUUGGAGUACUAAUUAUGCUAAUUCGUGGGUUCUAAUCACUUUUGAGCUCUGAAACUUUGAAUCCUUCAAUGGUGUGGUGGGCUUCUGGUAAGUGAGAAUUACCUUUUAUAGGAAAAGGUAGAAAAUAAGCAUCUAGAAGGUUGUUGUGAUGAUUGUGUGCUGACAAAAAAAGCUUGAAACCUCCAUAUUCAGUUCCUAAGAGGUAAAGUGCAGAUGCUUCAACAAAGGUCUUUUAAUAGCAAAAGCAUGCAGUUCUCUGUGGAAUCUCAAAUAUUGUUCUAACAGUCUGUUUCAACCUUACAUUAAAAUGACAAAAUAAAUAAAAGCAAACAAGGGA